ACUGAGAGAGUCCGCUCUGCCUUCUCAAUCGCCUCUCAUCUCUGGUCCUGGGACUGCUGUGUGUUUUCUGAUCGAUAGGUUUUGUUUUGUCUUCACCUCCUUCUCUGUAGGGGAGAGGUCGGUCCUCCCUCAGUUUUCCUUUUGCCACAGUUUUCAUCCUUCCUGCAUCCAGAUUGUGAAGAUGGAAGGGGUCCAACCCCUGGACGAGAAUGCGGGAAAUGCACCAGGGCUGAGGUUCCAGAUGAACAAGCUAUUGCUGGCGGCCUCCGUAAUUCAGGGGCUGGGGCUGGCCCUGUGUCUCACCUACAUCUGCCUGCACUUUCAUGCUUCUCAGGUGCCACCUCAGUAUCCUCCAAUUCAAAGUAUCAGAGCACAAUUUACCAAGUGUGACAAUGAGAAAGGCUUCAUCAUCACAUCUCCAAACCAGGAGACGACCAUGAAGCUGCAAGACAACUCAGUCCUCGUCCGCUGUGACGGGUUUUAUCUCGUCUCCCUGAAGGGCUACUUCUCGCAGGAGCUCAGCCUCAGCCUUCAUUACCGGAAGGGUCGAGAACCCCUCUUCUCCCUGAGCAAGGUCAAGUACGUCAGCUCCAUCGCCGUGGUCUAUCUGGGUUUCAAGGACAAAAUCUACUUGAAUGUGACCACUCACAGUACCUCCUGUGAAGACAUUCAGGUGAAUGGUGGGGAACUGAUUCUCAUUCAUCAAAGUCCUGGUGGAUUCUGCGCCUACUGAGGAUCUGAUGGCCACACCGAAGGCGGGCACCAAGCGUGAGUGUCACAUCAGGGGUGGACAGGACACUGAUGCUUCCUUGGAAGUGGGAGUCAUCCCAGCUCAGCCCCCGUAGAUGGCCACACAGGCUGUGACCGGAAGAAGAUUCCCCCGCCCCGACUCAGGGAUAUUUAAAACUUAUUGUACAUGUCACUUAACUUUAUUUAUCCUCGUAUCUUUUAAAUCCCCAGCCCUCAUCCCUCACAACUGCCUCAAGUAUAUAAGGUACUUCUGCAGAACGAGAAUAUGCAGGGCCUCUUCCUUAAGACACCCUGUUUCCAUUGGUCAGGAAUUCGUCAUAAGAAACUUUCUUUAUUGAAAAAGACACUGGACUACUGUCUGCUGGGAAUUUGACAUCUGGCAUCGUCAAAAUGGAAAGGACCCAGGAGAGGGCUUAUCGAUCUGCCAAAGGUGGCACGGACCUACUCCUGGCAGCCAAAGCUGCCUCGCCAAGAUGCGACUGGUCGCAGUUUGCUUGUGUCCUAAAUACCUCUCUCCUUUGGUGACGUUCAGAAGGAAAAUCGACUCACGAACGGUGCCCUGGCUUUGAACGUGGGCGGCUGAAGACUACUUGGAGCGCUGGGCUGUUUCUUUACCGCUUUGCUUUCUCGGCCUCCAAGUGUUCUUAGUAGAAAUUUCCUCGCAAAAAAACCACCUUGGGAUGUGAGGCUUUGAAAAAUCUACUCGAUAAUCCAAGGAAAACCGAGAGAUUUUUCUAAUUUGGGAAAGUGAGAGAAUAUCUUUAGCGCACGGGAGAGCAGUGGAACUGGACCUCUCAGGGUAAAUGUCGCCAAGAAUUUACACAGUCUGGGGAGGAAAUGCGUUCUUUCCAUUUGUGUGCACCCUCCUGCUUCUGCUGAAACACCCUCAGUCCUGCGCCUUGUACACAUACCCCACAUGGCUAGUUUCAGAAAGGAGGCAAUUCUGGUAUUAGAUGCAACUUUAUUUCAAGAGACACCGAGAACCUAUUGUAUCUUAUGAAACGCAGUGAUCUCGGUCUAGAAACACCAUAAUA